AUGCAUGCCACAUUUAACCUUAUCAUUUGUUAUAAAGAAAAGCAAUGGGAUAUUGAGCAGCUUGUGGGAUCUGGUGGCAUGCCAUCAUCAUAUUCAGCAACUGUGACUGCUCUUGCUUCUACUGUUGGUUUUUUGGAUGAUUCUGCAUGGUAUGGAGCAAAACUUCUCAGCAAUGAGACUCAUGGUGCAUCACUGAGGAGACUCAUGCUUGAUUAUGUUUUGGAUAAAUCAAGUCCAUCAACUGGUACCCCACAUGGGAAAAAGAAAAAGAAAGUAACAACAGAAAAUGAGAAUACCGGAGAAGAUGAACCACAAAUUGACACUAAAAUGAUCAAUGGAAUUAUCAAAUCCCUUCAGGCUAUCCAUGAUGCAGUUCUCAGCACAACAAUUAUGAUUUUAUGAUGUUAGGCUAAACUAUAAAGCAAUCAUUCUUUGUUUUAGGAAACGUUUCAGAUCUUCUUCAGGUAGCUUAAUGAUGAGUUACUGAAACAAGAAGGUGCCCCUUUAUAGCAAUGUAGUAUUAGGUUAUAUAGUUA